AUUCAAUGUGACACCUGUGAAAGGUGGUUCCAUGAGGAGUGCAUGGGAUUCACAGAAGAUGAACUUCAAAAAAUGCCUGAAGAAGACUGGAAUUGUCAGUUGUGUGGCUGAUAGCUGAAGGCRGUGGAGGGUCUCCAAGAUAACUGGUCUACUGUCUUGUUYGGGUGACCGGUAUUUGGGUGUACUUUUUCAAUGUGAAUUUCCACUACAAACAUAGAACAAUAAAAUAUUGUGUCGAAUAAUGUGUUUUUAUCAUUGAAUUUUAAAAUCAAAGUGUGUAACUGGUGUUGUUGACACAUUAUAGUUUGUGAUAUGUUUCAGAUGCUUUCAAGGGAAUUAAACUAAUUAAUAAAUUUGUGUUAGCACAAAUGGAAACAGAGUUUCUCAGCAAUGGGCACRGCAACUUAGGUGGAACA